GAUCAUACGAUUCGACGUCAGCGGUCACGUGACGUAUGGCGCCUCUUGCAGUCCGACGCGUCCGAAUUUGAAAAAUCAAUAAAAACAGAUAAAUGCCGAUUCCGUGUGUAAAAGUAGCGCUAAAAGUGUGAAAGAAUCGCUUUGGUGCCGGAAAUCGCGUCAAAUUUCGCUUUGUGCGACUGUUGUAACCGGUGGUGCGAUUUGACUCAUGUCGCGUUGGAAUCUCGCUGCUGCUACUUAAAUAAGUUCACGUAGCUUCGAGAAGUUAUUCCGCGUCGAAAUUCGAGAGUAGAAGGUGCGAAAAAUACCGGAAAAAGCUCGCGAAAGUACCGCUGUGUCAACAAUCGAGUGACCUAGUGAUGCUGUUUUGUCUUUGAUUUUUGACGUUUGCCAAAUUUUGCUACGUGUCAAAAAUUUCCGCUUUUUGGCAUUUUUUGUGCACAGUUCGAUGUUGGAUUUACAUGAAUCAGCCACACAAAAUUUAAUUAUGUCGAGGAAACGGACCAGAAGUCGGUCGGAAGACAAUGUCACCACCAACCACGUACAAAAUCUGACCAACUCGAUCUGUAGACCGGCACCGUUCAGCGAUGAGCCGGAAGCGAUACGAAUCCGAGAAUUGUGCGAUUACUUGCAAAGGAUCACCUACGAAAUGGCGUACAGUGGGAAGGCGCCGAGGCCGGUGCGGGUUUACGCCGAUGGAAUCUACGACCUGUUUCACCAAGGACACGCCAGGCAACUUCUGCAAGCCAAAAAUGUGUUCCCCAAUGUCUACCUCAUCGUGGGAGUGUGCAACGACAAGCUGACGCACAGCCAAAAGGGGCGCACUGUGAUGAACGAGGCGGAGCGCUACGAAGCGGUGCGCCACUGCCGCUACGUGGACGAAGUGGUCCGAGACGCCCCGUGGGAGGUGGACGAGGCGUACAUGCUGAAGCACAAGAUCGAUUUCAUCGCCCACGACGACCUGCCCUACGGCACCGACGACAGCAACGACAUCUACGCCCCUUGGAAAGCCAAGGGAAUGUUUGUAGCGACGGAGCGAACGGAAGGCGUCUCCACGUCCGACAUCGUCGCUCGGAUAGUCCGAGACUACGAUAUCUACGUGCGGAGGAACCUGGCAAGGGGCUACUCGGCCAAAGACCUCAACAUUUCCUAUCUUAGUGAGAAGAAGAUCCGCCUCCAGAACAAGAUGCACGAGUUGAAGGACAAGGGCCGGAGGGUGAUCGACACGAUCGGGGAGCGGAAGGACGACAUGAUCGCCAAGUGGGAGGAAAAGUCGCGGGAGUUUAUCGAGAAUUUCCUCCUACUGUUCGGGAGGGAAAGACUGACGAAUAUUUGGAACGAGUCCAAAGGGAAGAUUAUGAAUGCGCUGAGCCCUCCCAGCUCGCCCCUCCCGCCGGCCUCCCCCACGAACGGGGAGUGCGACUUCGGCGAGGAGGGGAUUCCCCCGAGGAAAAACGCCCGGUAUGAGUCACCGGGGUCGUCUUCGUCAGCUAGGACCAAGUAUCUGAAUGAGGAUUAUAGUGACGAGGACGAGUUUUUCCCGGUGGAAAACGGGGUGAAAGAGUAAUUUAUUGGGUUGUUUAUAUUGUGCAAAUUUUGUGUAAAUGUACCACGAUUUAAAUUAUAUUAUUAUUUAUUUAUGUGUUAUUUAUUGUUUGUGUCAUUUUUUGUCGUGGUGUGCGUCACCGUCCAUUCAAUUGCGACAAAAAAUUACCAUGUGGUUAUUGCGACAAGUAAUUAUAAUUAGAAUCAUGAGGCCCGCUUUUUUGCAUUGAAAACAAACUUAUGAAGUCUUUGCCAAAUAAUAUUCACACUGUAAUUUUAUUUAGCUGUAUUUAUUUUGUACGUAUAUUAGCGUUGAGUAUUAAUUUUCAAGUGAUAAGAGUAGGGUUAAUAUUUUCUCCACAAGUGUGAUUACGACAUGUAUUGCAGAACUGAUAACAGCUUUAUUAUCUGUUAAUAAGUAAAUGUCAUAAACUAGACCUGGAUGUGAUCUACAAAUAUGAUCCUAUUUUUGUAGACUAUUUACAAGCACCUUGUUUUGUAGUAUUCUAGUGAUAACAAGAAAACAACUAAGCCAAAGCUGUGUUAGAAAAAUCAAAAUUAUGCUCUGGCAUAACUUAGCACGUUUGAACAUUGGUUGCGAAUUUUUGUAUACACCAAAGCUAAAGCAAUCGAAAUUGGUUUUUGUUGAUACAUAACUUUAUGUAAUGAUUAAUGAAGUGUAUUCGCCAAGUCUGUAUGUAUAUUUUAUCAAUAAAGUUUUUUGGUUA